GAAGAGUAUUCAGAAACUACGUUGGGAGCAGCCAGCUUUAUAAAAGCUAGACGACUGUGGAACGAGCAUAAGUCUGUCUGAGAAUGAUGGCAAGAAUACAGACAACUUUAAUUUGCCUCCUUCUCCCCUGUCUCCUUCAGGAUUCGUUAAGUAGACAUGUCCCCCAUGAAGGUGGCCAUGCUUUGCAACCUCGCAUCCAGAGAGACAUAAAGAAUGUAGAUCCCCCUGUGGUGUUACAGGGGCCAAUAACUCAUGGAAUGGAUGUAGACGCAAUCCUCCGGAAGCACAAUAUCACUUUACCAAAUGGCUACCUUGGUCAGUGCACUGUUGUGAACACCUGUGAGGGUCUGAAAGAGCAACUGGAGGACACAAACAGACAAUUGCAUGAGAAAACCAGCCACACCAUUCAACUGGAACAAGAAGUGUUUAAACUGAAGCUCACAGUGAGACAGUUGAGAGUGAAGUCUGCAACCUGCGGUCUGGAAACAUCAGAUCACAUUGCCAAACUGCAAGCUCAGUUGGAGGAUAAGAUGAGUCAAUUGGAACAGAUGUCGCAUGACAAUGGAAACCUGGUUCUGAGGAUCACAGCUCUUACCUAUGAAGUGAAUGAAUUACAGAAGAAGAACACAUCCACCUCAACUUCCACCAAGAUCACUGACCUACUGAGCCAGCUGGAGGAAAAGAAAAAACAAUUGCAGUUUAAAACAGAACAACUGGAAAAGAACAGUCACAGUUCUCAACGUAUUCUUGAGAUAAUUGAACUGCAGACCCAGAUCUGGGAGUUAGAGAAAACAAAUCGCAGUCUGGAGACUUUAACCCAAAUCACUGUUCUACAGAGACAACUGGAUGCCAAGAUCAAUGAACUGGAGAGCAACUCCGAAGGGAGUGAUGACUCCAAAAUAGUGGUGAUGAUGAUCACAUUAGAGAAUGAGAUUACAGAGCUACAGAAAAGGAUCUCGGAGCUCACUGAGGAAUCCAAAACUAAAAUGACUGAUCUACAGAGGCAACUGAAGGAGAUGAAACAGCAACUAAUUGACAAGAUAUUACAACUGCCUGACAACAACACUAACACUGAACUAACUGAGGAGAUUUUAGCAUUGCAGAAUGCAAUAAAUAACCUAUACAUACAAAUAUCAAACCUACAAAAGAAGACCAAUGCCCAACAUGCAGAGCUGCAGAAGAAUUUAAACAACAAGGAAAAACAACAAGAAGCUUGGAAGAAACAACUGAAGGGGGAGGACGAGACUAGCGUACAGCUGAUUAUGAAGAUAAUUUAUAUAAUGAGGGAACAAAGGGAUUUACAGAUACAAACAACACAGCAGAUGCAGACAACAGCAGCCCAGAUCACUGCACUUCUGCAACAAGUUCAGGACAAAGAGGAUGAGAUUGACAGAGUUCGGGCUGAAAACAAAGACCUGCAGAAACAGCUGAAGGAGAAUAAUGCAACGUGUUUCAGUCUCGAGAACAAAUAUGACCGGGUGAGGGGUGAAUUAGAGGACAAGAUAAACUUACUUAACAGUCAAAAUUCAGGCAUCUCCAAACUAGUUCUAAGUAUCAUGGUUCUGAAUGAUGAAGUGAAGUGGCUGAGGACUCAAAUCAUUUCUCCAGAAGCCGCAGACAAGAUCGAUGAGCUGCAGAAGCAACUGGAGCAGAAAAACCGAGAAUUAAAAACGAAGAGCAACGAACUGCAGGAAAAAAGUUCAAACGGACAAAGGAUUCUGAGAAUAAUUGAGGUGCAGAAUCUGAUAUGGGAGUUCCAGAAAGGAGUGGAUACUCAGAGCAACAUUUACCAGAUUGCAGUGCUACAGAAAGAGCUGAAUGACCUGACUGCUGAAAUGGAGGACAAGGCCGAUGACGACUCAAAACUGGUUCUGACGAUAACCACAUUACAGAGUGAGGUGGUCAACCUACAGAGAAUGCUGUCAGCUCUCAGUCAGUCAACCGCAGCCCAGAUAGUUCUAGGGCUGGAGAAGCAGUUGGAGGAUAAGAAGAAGCAGUUGGCCAAGCUGGUUGAGCAAAGUGGAAAGGGUCCAAAAAUGUCAAACCUUGAGAAUCAAAUAAGUGAAAUAGAAAAGAGAAUAGCAGAGCUAAAAGAAGAAAAUCCUGAAGCCAAGAUCACUGAGCUGACAACACAGCUUAAGGAAAGCGAGAGGCAGCUUGAGGAGAACAUAAAAAGACUGAAGAAGAAAGACAGCAAGAAUUCUUACCUGAUUAUGCAAAUUAUUCAUCUACAAAGGAAACUCAGAGACAUACAAAAUGCUGCAUCUCAGCAAUUCAAUGAAACUGCUGCUGAUGUUACUGCGCUUCAGGAACAACUAGAGGCCAGAGAGGAAGAGAGCGCCAGAUGUCAGGCCCAGAACAAAGACCUGGAGAAGAGGCUGGGCGAUAAGGAUGCACAGUGCUCUGGGCUCCAGGACCGAUAUGACAAUCUGCAAGAAAAGCUUGGUUCUGCAAUGAAUAAACUGGACAAUGUAACUGGAUACAACGACAAACUCGUUCUUGAGGUAUGGACCCUGACUAAUGAGGUAGACGAUCUAAAGAAGAGAACUGUGACUUCUGCAACUAAGAUCAAUGAGCUCCAAAAGUUGCUGGACGAGAAGAUCAAAGAACUGGCAAAGAAAACACAGGAACUGGAGGAUAAUGCUCCUCAACCAGAGAACGUUCUAAGGAUCAUUGCAAUACAGAAUGAGAUCUUGAACCUGCAGAAAGGAGUUAGCAAUGGGAUAAACUUUGACCAGAUUGCUGCACUUGAGAAUGAACUGGAUGCAUUGAUUGCCACAAUCGAGGAGAAGAACAAUGGCAACUGUAAACAGAUUCUGCAGAUCAUUGCACUCCAAAAUCAAGUGACAAGAUUGCAGAGGCAAGAGUUAGAGUUAAAUCAGUCAUCUGAGGCCAAGAUUGCUGAGCUAAAGAAUCAGCUACAGGAGACGAGAGACCAGCUGAAUGAAAAGAGAAACGAGCUGAAAGAAACUGACAGUAGAAUUCCACAACUCAUUGCAGAGACCAUGGGACUUCGUAACAAACUGACAGAGUUAGAAAGAACAUUAUCAGAGCUCAAACGGACAAGUGCUGACAAGAUGGAAGAUCUACAGAGUCUACUGAAGCAGAAGAGCAAGCAGCUUGAAGAAAACACUACACAACUGAGGGCUGUAGAUGCCAAAAAUGCAGAACAGAUUCUGAAGAUCAUUGAACUACAGAAACAAAUGAAUGAGAUACAGAUUGAAGCUUCAAAAGGCAAAGAUGAAACUGCAUCAGAAAUCUCUGCGCUUCAGGAACAACUAGAGGCCAGAGAGGAAGAGAGCGCCAGAUGUCAGGCCCAGAACAAAGACCUGGAGAAGAGGCUGGGCGAUAAGGAUGCACAGUGCUCUGGACUCCAGGACCGAUAUGACAAUCUGCAAGAUAAGCUUGGUUCUGCAAUGAAUAAACUGGACAAUGUAACUGGAUACAACGACAAACUCGUUCUUGAGGUAUGGACCCUGACUAAUGAGGUAGACGAUCUAAAGAAGAGAACUGUGACUUCUGCAACUAAGAUCAAUGAGCUCCAAAAGUUGCUGGACGAGAAGAUCAAAGAACUGGCAAAGAAAACACAGGAACUAGAGGAUAAUGCUCCUCAACCAGAGAACGUUCUAAGGAUCAUUGCAAUACAGAAUGAGAUCUUGAACCUGCAGAAAGGAGUUAGCAAUGGGAUAAACUUUGACCAGAUUGCUGCACUUGAGAAUGAACUGGAUGCAUUGAUUGCCACAAUCGAGGAGAAGAACAAUGGCAACUGUAAACAGAUUCUGCAGAUCAUUGCACUCCAAAAUCAAGUGACAAGAUUGCAGAGGCAAGAGUUAGAGUUAAAUCAGUCAUCUGAGGCCAAGAUUGCUGAGCUAAAGAAUCAGCUACAGGAGACGAGAGACCAGCUGAAUGAAAAGAGAAACGAGCUGAAAGAAACUGACAGUAGAAUUCCACAACUCAUUGCAGAGACCAUGGGACUUCGUAACAAACUGACAGAGUUAGAAAGAACAUUAUCAGAGCUCAAACGGACAAGUGCUGACAAGAUGGAAGAUCUACAGAGUCUACUGAAGCAGAAGAGCAAGCAGCUUGAAGAAAACACUACACAACUGAGGGCUGUAGAUGCCAAAAAUGCAGAACAGAUUCUGAAGAUCAUUGAACUACAGAAACAAAUGAAUGAGAUACAGAUUGAAGCUUCAAAAGGCAAAGAUGAAACUGCAUCAGAAAUCUCUGCGCUUCAGGAACAACUAGAGGCCAGAGAGGAAGAGAGCGCCAGAUGUCAGGCCCAGAACAAAGACCUGGAGAAGAGGCUGGGCGAUAAGGAUGCACAGUGCUCUGGACUCCAGGACCGAUAUGACAAUCUGCAAGAUAAGCUUGGUUCUGCAAUGAAUAAACUGGACAAUGUAACUGGAUACAACGACAAACUCGUUCUUGAGGUAUGGACCCUGACUAAUGAGGUAGACGAUCUAAAGAAGAGAACUGUGACUUCUGCAACUAAGAUCAAUGAGCUCCAAAAGUUGCUGGACGAGAAGAUCAAAGAACUGGCAAAGAAAACACAGGAACUAGAGGAUAAUGCUCCUCAACCAGAGAACGUUCUAAGGAUCAUUGCAAUACAGAAUGAGAUCUUGAACCUGCAGAAAGGAGUUAGCAAUGGGAUAAACUUUGACCAGAUUGCUGCACUUGAGAAUGAACUGGAUGCAUUGAUUGCCACAAUCGAGGAGAAGAACAAUGGCAACUGUAAACAGAUUCUGCAGAUCAUUGCACUCCAAAAUCAAGUGACAAGAUUGCAGAGGCAAGAGUUAGAGUUAAAUCAGUCAUCUGAGGCCAAGAUUGCUGAGCUAAAGAAUCAGCUACAGGAGACGAGAGACCAGCUGAAUGAAAAGAGAAACGAGCUGAAAGAAACUGACAGUAGAAUUCCACAACUCAUUGCAGAGACCAUGGGACUUCGUAACAAACUGACAGAGUUAGAAAGAACAUUAUCAGAGCUCAAACGGACAAGUGCUGACAAGAUGGAAGAUCUACAGAGUCUACUGAAGCAGAAGAGCAAGCAGCUUGAAGAAAACACUACACAACUGAGGGCUGUAGAUGCCAAAAAUGCAGAACAGAUUCUGAAGAUCAUUGAACUACAGAAACAAAUGAAUGAGAUACAGAUUGAAGCUUCAAAAGGCAAAGAUGAAACUGCAUCAGAAAUCUCUGCGCUUCAGGAACAACUAGAGGCCAGAGAGGAAGAGAGCGCCAGAUGUCAGGCCCAGAACAAAGACCUGGAGAAGAGGCUGGGCGAUAAGGAUGCACAGUGCUCUGGACUCCAGGACCGAUAUGACAAUCUGCAAGAUAAGCUUGGUUCUGCAAUGAAUAAACUGGACAAUGUAACUGGAUACAACGACAAACUCGUUCUUGAGGUAUGGACCCUGACUAAUGAGGUAGACGAUCUAAAGAAGAGAACUGUGACUUCUGCAACUAAGAUCAAUGAGCUCCAAAAGUUGCUGGACGAGAAGAUCAAAGAACUGGCAAAGAAAACACAGGAACUAGAGGAUAACGCUCCUCAACCAGAGAACGUUCUAAGGAUCAUUGCAAUACAGAAUGAGAUCUUGAACCUGCAGAAAGGAGUUAGCAAUGGGAUAAACUUUGACCAGAUUGCUGCACUUGAGAAUGAACUGGAUGCAUUGAUUGCCACAAUCGAGGAGAAGAACAAUGGCAACUGUAAACAGAUUCUGCAGAUCAUUGCACUCCAAAAUCAAGUGACAAGAUUGCAGAGGCAAGAGUUAGAGUUAAAUCAGUCAUCUGAGGCCAAGAUUGCUGAGCUAGAGAAUCAGCUACAGGAGAUGAGAGACCAGCUGAAUGAAAAGAGAAACGAGCUGAAAGAAACUGACAGUAGAAUUCCACAACUCAUUGCAGAGAUCAUGGGACUUCGUAACAAACUGACAGAGUUAGAAAGAACAUUAUCAGAGCUCAAACGGACAAGUGCUGACAAGAUGGAAGAUCUACAGAGUCUACUGAAGCAGAAGAGCAAGCAGCUUGAAGAAAACACUACACAACUGAGGGCUGUAGAUGCCAAAAAUGCAGAACAGAUUCUGAAGAUCAUUGAACUACAGAAACAAAUGAAUGAGAUACAGAUUGAAGCUUCAAAAGGCAAAGAUGACACUGCAUCAGAAAUCUCUGUGCUUCAGGAACAACUAGAGGCCAGAGAGGAAGAGAGCGCCAGAUGUCAGGCCCAGAACAAAGACCUGGAGAAGAGGCUGGGCGAUAAGGAUGCACAGUGCUCUGGACUCCAGGACCGAUAUGACAAUCUGCAAGAUAAGCUUGGUUCUGCAAUGAAUAAACUGGACAAUGUAACUGGAUACAACGACAAACUCGUUCUUGAGGUAUGGACCCUGACUAAUGAGGUAGACGAUCUAAAGAAGAGAACUGUGACUUCUGCAACUAAGAUCAAUGAGCUCCAAAAGUUGCUGGAUGAGAAGAUCAAAGAACUGGCAAAGAAAACACAGGAACUGGAGGAUAAUGCUCCUCAACCAGAGAACGUUCUAAGGAUCAUUGCAAUACAGAAUGAGAUCUUGAACCUGCAGAAAGGAGUUAGCAGUGGGAUAAACUUUGACCAGAUUGCUGCACUUGAGAAUGAACUGGAUGCAUUGAUUGCCACAAUCGAGGAGAAGAACAAUGGCAACUGUAAACAGAUUCUGCAGAUCAUUGCACUCCAAAAUCAAGUGACAAGAUUGCAGAGGCAAGAGUUAGAGUUAAAUCAGUCAUCUGAGGCCAAGAUUGCUGAGCUAGAGAAUCAGCUACAGGAGACGAGAGACCAGCUGAAUGAAAAGAAAGACGAGCUGAAAGAAACUGACAGUAGAAUUCCACAACUCAUUGCAGAGAUCAUGGGACUUCGUAACAAACUGACAGAGUUAGAAAGAACAUUAUCAGAGCUCAAACGGACAAGUGCUGACAAGAUGGAAGAUCUUCAGAGUCUACUGAAGCAGAAGAGCAAGCAGCUUGAAGAAAACACUACACAACUGAGGGCUGUAGAUGCCAAAAAUGCAGAACAGAUUCUGAAUAUCAUUGAACUACAGAAACAAAUGAAAGCAAUACAAACGGAAGCUUCAAAUGCCAAAGAUAAAAGUGCAUCAGAAAUCUCUGAGCUACAGGAACAACUUAAGGCCAAGGAGAAGCUGAAUGCAAGACUUGACUCCAAAAACAGAGAGCUGGAGAAACUUCAGAAGGAAAUGAAAAUGGAAUGUGAUGAAAUCCAGCACAGGUGCAAAGAGGUACAGCUUCAAACGGAUCAAAACCAAGAGGACUUGCGUAAAAUGCAGCAGCAAUUGCGAGAGAAGGAGUCAGCCUUCAAUAGACUGCAGCAGCAACUCAGAGACAGCAAGGAUGACAAUGCCAGACUACAGGAGAGAAAUAAGAGUUUGCAAGAGGAGAAUGACAAACUCAAGAUGAAUUUACAAGAUCUUAUGGUAGAUCCAGAAACGGUUGUCCAUAGGACUAAGGUGGCCUUCGACCCGGACACAGCCCAUCCUAAAAUCAUUCUGUCACCGGAUGAGACAGUAAUGUCUGUAGCAGAACAGCGACAGAAUGUCCCCAACGAUCCAGGGCGGUAUGACUUGUCUCUUGCUGCUCUUGGAAAGACUGGGUUUAACAGGGGGAGAAAUUACUGGGAGGUUGAAGUGGCUGGGAAGACAUGUUACAAUAUCGGAGUUGCCAGAGGAUCAGCUAAUAGGAAGGGGCAGCUGAAACUAAAACCAGCAGAAGGCUACUGGACCAUAAUCUUGACAAAACAAGGUGUGCUCAAAGCCCUUGCAGCUCGGCCACUUGAUAUUCAGCUGCCUGCGGUCCCCCAGAAGUUAGGAAUACUGUUAGACUACAAGAAGGGAGAGGUCUCUUUCUACAAUGCAGAUACCAGGUCUCUUCUCCAUACAUUCACAGGCAAUAGAUUCACAGAUAAACUAUAUCCAUUCUUCAAUUCCUGUCUGGAGACUAAUGAUGAGGAUUCUCCGAUUGUCUUAACUCGUGUUGGUUCGGUGUCAUGGAUAGACUAGAGAAUGCAUUUGAAAUCAAAUUAAUUUCUGUAUAAAAUCACAUUUCUUUUCAAUUUUUUUCUGUGGUAGUGAUUCAAGAUAAAGUAAUUUCAAUUAUGCAUUUUCAAUCAUUCAACAAAUAAAAUAUUGCACCUGA